UUUACAAUUUUUCAUUUCUCUUUUUAGAAAAUAAACAAAAGAAAAGGUGAAAACAAAAAUAUAGCGAAUUGUGUUAACGUUGGAUGAUUUGAAUCGUCUUCUUCCUUUGGUAUUUUCAAUCGAGAGUAGAGAUCUUCAGAGAUGCAGAGUCUGUGAAUUGUUAGAGGAAUUUUUUUUGUUACUUUUAGAAUAUACAGAGGAAAAAAAUGGUGGCGACUGCGACGCAGAUGCUUCGGUUGCCGUUACAGUACUGUGUUUCUUCUUCAUCCCAAUCGAGUUUGUCUUCCGGCGGCCAACGGAAUUACGGUGUUUGUUCGCCGUCUCCGGUUGUAAUUUGCAGGAGUAUUAGAAUUUCCGGCGAAGGAGGAUACAGGCAGAGGAAGAACCGGAGAUUCGGUAGUGUGAUAGCUCAGCAGGAGAAAGGAGACGCGACGGAGAUUCGAGUUCCGGUUCCGUUAACGUUGGAGCAACAAGAGAAGGAUAAACAAAAUAGAGAUGAUGAAGAAGAAGAAGACGAAGAGGGAGAAGUAGAUCCUGAAGAUCUCAAAUACGUCAAUGAGAUCAAACGGGUAUUGGAGCUUCUCAGGAGGAACAGGGACAUGAUCUUCAGUGAGGUUAAGUUGACAAUCAUGAUUGAGGAUCCAAGGGAACUGGAAAAGAGGAGGCUGCUUGGAAUAGAAGAUGAAGAUGCUCCAAGUAGGGAAGACUUAGCUGAAGCCUUGGAACAGGUAAAUGAAGGGAAAAUUCCUAAAGAUCGUCUCACUCUCCAGAUGUUGUAUGAAGAAAUGAUCCGCUGGCCAAAUUUAGAGGUUGAGGUUUCAAAGAAGCAGCGAGGAAAAUCAUUAUACGCGAAAUCCACAGACACAGGAAUAGAUCCAAAAGAAGCAGCCAAGAGACUCAACCUAGAGUGGGAUUCAGCUGCAGCAAUUGAAGAAGCCGAUGUCGAGGAUGACACUGGAGUAGCCAGCAAAGCCAUGGGUUAUGGAGCGUUGUACUUAGUCUCGUCUUUUCCAGUUAUCAUCGGUAUCUCGGUUGUGUUAAUCUUGUUUUACAAUUCUCUUCAGUAGAGUCAAAGUUUUUGAACACACCAUCACCAAUGAUCCAUCAUGGAUGUUUUGUAACUUCAGAUCAUGAAAUGAAAUUUCAAUUAUUUAAUCAUAUUCUUCCUUAA